AUGGAAGCUAAACCCUGCUUUAUCUCGCUAAUUGACCACAACGAUCGACCACUGCUAGUGUUUGUCGCGAAAGAUGAGAAUACUGGGAAUGACGUUGAGUUUAAGUUUAACACAUUUUCCAACAUGGCACUUGAUUAUUUCAGCAGCGACCUAUAUGAGUGGAUGAACACCAGCCAAGAAAAUCGCGAGAUAAAAGACUUGUUUCAGCUCGAGGGCGUCGCCGUUUAUGGGAAACUAGUGAAACAAACAAGUUUGAAAAUUGUUGUCGGGUUUUGGAGCCAGUCAGAAUGCGGCCACGAAACACUUGGACGUGUUUUCAAUGAAAUUUCGAGACUGUACGUAAGGUGCAAAUUCAACCCGUUUUUGGAAAGCAAUGAAGAUCUGAUAGAGCAAUUGCAAAAAACACUGAGUGAAAGGUUCUAA